CGAUGACGGCCCUGUGGAGAGGCAGAGGGCGGAGUAGCAAGCGGUGACGUAGAAAAGGGGGCGUGGUGGAAUGGUGACAGAAAAGGACCGAGGGGAGGGCGGUGGAGACAUAGAGGCGUGCUGUGUUCUCAUCCUAGAGGGGACAAACCUUAGUUCAGCCUCAGAGCGACUUCCGGUUCCGGCUCGGCUUCCGUGAUUGGGCGUGAUGGAGUCGGUCCUGAGCGAAGUGGUGGCGUUGGAAGAUUUGCAACGGUUCGAGAAGAAGUUCAAUGCCGAGCUGAGCUCCGGCAGCGUCUCCAAAGGGACCAAGUUCGAGUACGCCUGGUGCCUCGUCCGCAGCAAAUACAACGAGGACAUCAAGAAGGGGAUCGCGCUCCUGGAAGAUCUGUUGCCAAAAGGGAACAAGGAGGAACAGCGGGACUAUGUCUUCUACCUCGCAGUGGCCAAUUACCGGCUGAAGGAGUAUGAGAAAGCUCUGAAGUACAUCCGGGGGCUGCUGAAGACGGAGCCGACCAACACGCAGGCCCUGGAGCUGGAGAAACUCAUCAACAAGGCGAUGCAGAAAGACGGCCUGGUCGGCAUGGCGAUCGUCGGCGGCAUGGCGCUGGGCGUGGCCGGGCUGGCCGGCCUGAUCGGCUUGGCCGUCACCAAAUCGAAAUCGUAACCGGCUCGAAGGCCGCCCGCGGCCCCCCUUUUGCCCCCCUCUUGGCUGGGAGCGGCUGGACGUGGUGAUGGCGGUUGAAUCCUGCAGAGAGACGUUAAAAACACUCACGUGGCGGCCACUAACCUGACCAUGAUUUCUGGCUUCCCUUUGUCCCUACGGGCUUGAAGCACUCGGGGCGGGGGGCAAGUGGUGAUUCAGCUUUAGUAGCACAAUAGAAGAUCUGUUGGGAAGAGGGGGCGAUUUUGAGGCCUUCAGCUGCGAUAACCCUACUCUCCUGCACUAUAAUCCACAUUUUGGUCCCUUGCCAUAGCCUCUCUUUCUCCCGCAAGUUGGGUAUGUUAAUUUCCCCUUUGCUUUCCUUCUCUGCAACUUGCUGAAAGGCCCCGAAGUUCCCUUUCUGCCAAGCGAAAGCUGCUAAAUUGCCAAGGAGGCAAAAGAAUCCCAUUGUCUGUCGAGAAAGGGCUGUGGACAACUAGUGUCCCUUCUGAGAAGCUGGGGUCUGUCCUGAUCUGUAGCGUGGGGCUUGAUUCUUCUUUGCAAUGGCCAGCAGCCUGGGAGACGGAAACCUUCCAGAGAAAGUGGGAAGCAGUCUUUCUUAUCCCUCGCUCUCACUGACCGCCUUCAGUCGUAUGGACGGUCAUAACUUGUGUGUCUCCCCACCCCACUCCAACGUGCACUUAUAAGCUUCUGUUGUCCCACAGGUCCCUUUGAGCCUUCCUCCGCAAGGCGAGGGGUGUGGUCUCUUGUUUUGAUCUGCCCUUUUCGUUUGGUGGAGACGGUGGGAAUAUGGAGGCUGCAACAAACGAAUUAAUCAUAGCUGCCUUCUAGUCGGUUGUGGGGAGUCUGAUGGGAAAAGCAGAAGACUCACUACACAGGGGAAGAUGACUCCCUGCUGCAUUUUUUAAGUGCAGUGCAUCUGUUUUGGAAGUUGGCGGAGAAGAGAAGGAUUGGAGGAUCACAUAGGAAGAAGGGUCGGGAGAGCUCCUUUAGCACUGAGGCUUGAAGAGGCACCAGGUCUUUAGAGAUAAUCCCCACUUUUACACCCACGACGUCCCUCCUCUCUUAGCAAUUAACUUCCUCGCUCUUCUAACAGGUGCUCUUAUCUUCUCUCGCCUCCGAGCUGAGCGAGGCAGAAAUGUGAAAUAAAGAAGUUCCGAUUAAAAGACGC